GAUCUAACGGCCCAGAGAGGCCAGCCCGUUAAGCGUUGCCUUCCCUAUUUCACCCCGCUCGCGGCGCCGCCCCUCACGAACCCUAACUUUUCCAAACCCUACUCCACCCACUUUGCGACACUCUACUGGUCUCCCCGAUGGAUCCACAGCAGCCGGAACCCGUCAGCUAUCUGUGCGGAGAUUGCGGAGCUGAAAACACGCUGAAGACAGGGGAUGUGAUCCAGUGCCGUGAGUGUGGCUACCGCAUCCUCUACAAGAAGCGCACCCGCAGGAUUGUUCAAUACGAAGCUCGCUGAAGACAAAAGAACAAACAUCAUUCACUGUUGGUUCGUGCCUCGAUUUGAUGGAGUGUGUGCCCGAGACAAAGCUACAAUGGAGAAAUGUAUUAUAUACAGUACUUUUAGGUCUUAUUUGUCCGUUGGACUUUGGCUUGAAGUGGUAAAACUUGUCGUAACCGUAUUGAGACUUUAGACGUUUGAGAAUCCAGAUUAUGCAUCCUGAAAGCUGGAUAUCGAAAAAUGGUUAUUAUUGCUAUUGCCAGCAAUAAAAUGCUCUGUUGGUUGGUUGCAGGCUUUUGCUCUUA